UGAAAAUAUAAGUACUACUUACGAUAAUACGCUAUCCAUGCAUCAUGUAAUAUAAUUAUAGCCUGUGUUCUCAGAAAGCAGUUACCAGAGAGCAUUGUACAGAACAGACUUCGAUUUUGGAAACGAUAAUGUCGAAUAAACAAAGGCCUACCCUGCCUCCGAAGAGGACAAUUAAUACAAAGCUAUCAACGCCGGUCCACAUCGCUCCUCCGGUAAGUCCAGAGUACUCUCGUUUGACGCCGCAACGGCAUAGUCCUCCUGGAUUUGGAAAUCAUCGAAUAUCAUCGGCCCAGGAACUAUUUAAGAGAAAAAAGAAUGCACAAAAAAUAGACCAUCCAUUGGGUUGGUUACUCAAGAAUCGUCAUGUGAAUGCAAAUUCUCAUAUUCCUCAACGGACGACAAAGACAUCGCAAAAGCUUGUGCUUUUACCAGAAGAUCAUGCUGUUAAUUCUUUCGAAGAAGAUCCUAGUGUUUAUGAAGAUGUAGUACCGUUAAGUUCUUAUAACAUGAUUAAGUCAGAAAACCUUUCGAAGGACAAAAGAGAGGAAUUAGGAUUUCCAAGAGCUACAGCUUAUUCUAUAUGUGACGCCUUUCAAAUACCAAAAGUUAAACAUUUUUUGAGAACAUAUCACAAGGUUAGGCCGAGAAAGUACGAUGAGACCUUGUAUGCCGUUUACCAUUUACCAUUAGUGUAUGGUAGAUCUGAAUCCUGUCGCAUCGCUAGUGGCCCUCCACCACCAAUAGAACAAGAAGAUUCUCCUUCUACAUCCUCUGAUCAAUUACAACAACUAAAUGAGGAAUCCACAUCCACCACCUCUCCGUCCGCAAGUUCAAUCGCUCAAAUGUACCGCAUUUCAGAAAUUUUUGUUUUCUCUUAUGGUGUUAUAGUGUUUUGGAAUUUUUCACUAGGGCAAGAGAAAGAUAUUCUAGCAGAUUUAACUUUUGCAGGAGGAGAGAACUCAUUGAUGAUUAAGCCUUUAGCUGAGGAGGAAUGUGAAGUUGAAGACCUACAUUUUCAUUACGCCCCUCAUACCAAACGACCUCGCAUUUAUAACGAUAUGAUUCAUAUUCCUUCCGCUGAUAUAAAAAUGAAGCUUGUUAUGUCUCAUGCUCUUGCACAGUCCGUCAAGCUUUCCAGAUUUGAACUCCGGACGGAUGUGACAAUGAAUUCAGCGCUAAUAUUCCCUAAAAAGCUAGCUUUAUACGGACACUUGGGCCUCUCUAGAGCGGAAGUUAUUCGAAUGAGCGGACAUUUAUUUCAAUUGCGUGUAGACGUAAAUCUGAUUAGUAAUGUAUUAGAUACGCCAGAAUUUUUAUGGGAUUCUGAACCUUUGCUACUUCCUUUAUACACAGCAUUUCGAGAAUACUUAGAAAUCGGGCCUAGGACGAAUGUGUUGAACAAACGUUGUAAGGUUAUAUUUGACAUGCUCGAUAUCUUUGGGAAAUCGAGUGCCGAUAAGAAAAUGAAUUCCAUUACAUGGAUUAUCAUUAUUCUAAUUACUUUGUUCAUGAUUGUUUUUAUGUUUGAGGUUAUUCUUCGUUUAAAGUUAGCAAAAAGCUAAACUUGUUAAUAAUUAGUUAUUUUAAUUUCAGGAUGGUAUUGAGUUUUUGUUCGGUCUUUAGGUUUCUUACGAAUAGAAUAAAUGUUCCCAUUUUUCUCUUCUGUUAUGACUAAA